AUGGCAACUUCGUCCUCGAAGCCUAUGCCCGAACCUAACAGAGCCACUCCAUCCCCGAAAUCUGUGCCCAAGCCUAACAAGACCACUCCAUCUCCAAAGCCUGUGCCCAAGCCCAACAUGGCCACUCCCUCCCCGAAGCCUGUGUCCAAGCCAAUCAUGACCACUUCACCCCAGAAGCCUGUGCUCAAGCCAAAGAUUGACCAUAAAUCUUUAACCGACCUGGCCCCUCCACCCCAGAAGCCUGUGACCAAACCCCAGGUUGACUUUAAAUCCUUUUCCAAUGUCAUCGGGGGUGAACUUCGCAAGUCCAGAAAUACAUUCUCCGCCAAAAAUCCUGCCACUAAGCAACCCCUUUGGGAUGUGCCAGCUGCCAACAAACAGGAUGUCGAACAAGCUGUCCGCUAUGCCAACGUUGCUCAGAAGGAGUGGGCAAAGAAGACAUGGAAAGAACGACAGCAGAUCUGCCUCCGCUUCAAGGACGUCUACAGCAACUACGUCGACGAACUAACCGAUCUGCUCACGCUCGAGAUUGGGAGACCAAGGGUAUGGUGCAGAAGGGAGGUUGAAUCGUGCGCUCUCCAUGCAAGCUUCCAUGCUCAGUUACCAUUACCAGGCGGGGAUGGUUUCGAUGCAGGGGAUAGAGAGAUCAUGGUCAGAUACACACCACUCGGCGUUGUGGCCGCCAUCUGCCCCUGGAAUGCUCCCCUGGUACUCUGCUUCGGAAAGUUGUUUCCUGCAGUAAUUGCUGGUAAUAGCAUUAUCAUUAAGCCCUCUCCCUAUACUCCAUAUGCGACCCUAAAAAUGGUGGAGAUAGCACAGCAGGUCUUUCCACCCGGAGUGGUACAGGUGCUCGCUGGUGAUAAUUCGGUGGGAGCUUCCUUAGUGGAGCAUCCAAACAUUCAUAAGAUCUCCUUCACGGGCUCCAUACCGACGGGGAAGAGGAUCUUGCAAGCGGCUGCCCCUACGAUGAAGCGAGUCACGUUAGAGCUCGGCGGCAAUGACGCCUGCAUCGUCCUUCCUGAUGUCGACAUCGACGAAGUUGCACCCAAGGUCGCUAUAAGCGCAUUCUUGAGUUCUGGUCAGAUAUGUGUCUCCUCUAAACGAAUCUAUAUUCAUCAAUCCAUCUAUACUCCCUUCCUCAAAGCGAUGAUCGACUUCACCUCGCAGAUCAAGGUUGGACAUCCAGAUGAAGAGGACGUCAUAAUUGGCCCCAUCCAAAACUCAAUGCAGUUCGAAAAGGUGAAGGAGCUUUUCGAGGACAGUAAGAGGAAAGAAUAUAGGUUUGCUGUAGGUUCGAAAACCGUAGAGGAGUCAAUGGGCUAUUAUAUCAACCCGACAAUUAUUGAUAAUCCACCCGAUGACUCACGAAUCGUCACCGAGGAGCCAUUUGGGCCAAUUGUCCCGUGUCAACCGUGGAGGUACGAAAAGGAGGUGAUUGCACGUGCCAACAACACUAAGACCGGGUUGGGAGCGACCAUUUGGGGCAAGGAUAUCAAGCGAUGUGAAAGAAUUGCGCACGAAAUGGAGGCUGGCAGUGUGUUUAUCAACUCGGCGGCUAGGCCAACCCCGCUGGCUCCAUUUGGGGGGAUGAAGGAGAGUGGGCUUGGCUCGGAGUGGGGACCGUCAGGGAUCAAGGCGUACAUGAAUGAGCAGGUUAUUCACAAUUUUUCAGGCAGAUGA